AUGGACUCGCAGCAGAUUCAGAAGUUUAUGGAGCUGACGGGCUCGGAUGUGGCCACGGCAACGCGGUACGUCCGGGAGUGUGGUGGCGUGGAGGAGGCAUGUAACACGUAUUUCGCCACUGAGCACGAUGCACCAGUGGAGUCGCCAGUGGAGCCACCUGUGGAGAGUCCUGCUAGUGCUGGUGCUGGUGCUGGUGCUGGUAGUAGUAGUGGGAACAACUCGCGGUUUAUGAGUUUCGCGGAUAUGGUCAGGUCGCAGGGGGACAAAGAGGAUGAGGAGGACCCUGACAGGCCCAGGAACACAUUUGCUGGCGGGGAAACCUCUGGGCUGGAGGUGACGGAUCCGAACGACGCGAAUGCGGUGAUCAAGGAUCUGCUUGAGAAGGCGAGGCGCAAUGGGGAACAAUUGGGCGAGUCCGGUUCGUCCCCUGCUCCUCCAAUGGCAACCUCGUCCUCAGGCCACCAGCAACACGAACAAGGCAGAGAGCAUCUGUUUACAGGGAAAGGGUAUAGGCUCGGUUCUGGAGUGGACGCAGCCAGUGCAAUUGUGGAGGACUCCACGGAGCAGCAACGGAAGAGACCAACGAAGGUCACUAGAGAGAUCACUUUCUGGAAGGAAGGGUUCCAAGUCGGGGAAGGUCCCCUGUUCCGGUACGACGAUCCUGCGAACAACUUCUACUUGAACGAAUUGAACCAGGGGAGGGCGCCGUUAAAGCUGUUGAACGUCGAAUUGGGACAAGAAGUUGAAGUAAACGUGUUCAAGAAGCUCGACGAAUCCUACAAGCCGCCCAAGAGGAAGCUUGGCGGGUUCCAAGGCCAUGGACAGAGACUUGGGUCGCCGAUCCCAGGUGAAUCGCAAUCCUCUGCGGCCCCUGAGGUGGCAUCGCCUCCAUCUGUGAAAGAAACCACGCCCUCAGAACCGGUGAAGGGGGACACAUCCGUGCAGAUACGGUAUGCGUCGGGCACCCGUGAGGUUCUACGGUGCUUUUCAUUGGACACCGUGCAGUCUCUGUACGACCAUGUCUUGGAACACACUCAGGACAGGUCGAAACAGUUCACGUUGAACCAUGCCUUCCCAGUGAAGCCCAUUACGGACAUGCAAUUGACGUUGAAGGAUGCAGACCUCGUCAACUCCGUUGUCGUGCAAAGGUGGGCGUAA